AUGUCCUCUUGGGCCAAAACUUCAGACCGAUCCGGCAUCUGGUCAUACGUUCCUUUUACUUCCCCCCCUCGGCGCCGGUCUGUUAGUAGCGGACUUCCUCGCGCAACAGUCAACAACACCCCCUGGGACCCCUUCGAGAAAACAAAUCGACAAACCAGCGGCUCGGGCGCAAGCCAACCAUCCAUCCUGGAGUCCGUUUAUAACGCCUGGAUGACUCAAAGUCGUCAGGCUCGUUACUUCAAGACAGGAGGAGUCCUCGCUCUGAUCAUAGUCCUGUACUGGUUCCUUUCAGGAGGAAACGAGGCCACGUAUGGUUCUGUCCCAGAUGUCUACACUCCGGCAAAUUCUCCCACCUCGAGGUGCACGAAACCUUAUGAUCCGUCAAGGCCUCUUGUGCAGUACGCCAUCAUGAUCGACGCAGGCAGCACGGGCAGCAGAAUUCAUGUCUACAAAUUCAACAACUGUGGGCCAACACCGGAACUAGAGAACGAAGAGUUCAAGAUGACUGAAAAGAGGCCAGAGGGUUCGGGGUUGAGUUCAUACAAGACAGAUGCCGAAGGUGCUGCCAGGAGUCUUGACCCUCUCAUGGAAGUCGCCAUGACCUCGGUGCCAAAUGAAUACAAAUCAUGCACGCCUGUCGCAGUCAAAGCGACUGCUGGUCUACGACUGCUGGGGGACGAGAUGAGCGCCAAGAUCCUCGAAGCUGUUCGGCACAGGCUGGAGACUCAUUACCCUUUCCCUGUAGUGUCUCGCGAAAAGGGCGGGGUGGAAAUCAUGAAAGGGGAGGACGAAGGCGUCUUUGCCUGGAUCACUACCAACUAUCUGUUGGGCAAGAUUGGGGGACCCGAUGACACUCCAACCGCGGCCAUUUUCGACCUCGGAGGUGGCUCAACUCAGAUUGUCUUCCAGCCAACUUUUAAGAACAGUCCGCAUGGAGGCAUGCCCCAGAAAAUGGAAGAGGGGGACCACAAGUACAACCUCAAGUUUGGAGGGCGAGAAUUUGAGCUAUAUCAGCAUUCCCAUCUUGGCUACGGGCUCAUGUCCGCGCGGAAGGCCUUGCACCAGCUGGUCCUCGAUCGCAUGCACAAACAGAAUCCCGAUUCCAAGGCGUGGCUUAGCAAGCCAAUCCCGAAUAGCUGCAUCACUCCUGGAGUACAGAAGAAAGUCGUUGUCGAGAUGCCUGCCGAUCACCCAUUGUCGGGAGAACAUACAGUGAUAAUGGAGGGUCCCGCCGACGCUAUCCCAGCUCAAUGUCGAGCCCUCGCCGAAGCCAUUCUGUACAAAGACAAAGCAUGCACGCUGGCCCCUUGCUCCUUCAACGGCGUGCAUCAACCGUCUCUCGAAAAGACCUUUGCUAGGGAGGAUGUUUACAUCUUCUCGUACUUCUAUGACCGCACGCACGACUUGGGUAUGCCUGAAUCGUUUACUCUGCGCGAACUACAAGAUCUAACCGCCAGAGUCUGCGGCGGAGAAGAAUCGUGGGAUGCGUUUGCCGGAAUCGAGGGUGCCCUGGACGAUCUCCGCGAGAGGCCCGAGUGGUGUUUGGAUUUGAAUUUCAUGUCCGCGCUGUUGCACACAGGCUAUGAAAUGCCUAUUGAUAGAGAGGUUAAGAUUGCAAAGAAGAUCAAGGGUAACGAACUGGGAUGGUGUUUGGGCGCGAGUUUGCCGCUGCUGGAGAAGGAGAGUGGUUGGCAGUGUCGCAUCAAAGAGGUUACGUGA